AUGCCAAGAACGAACAUCCUGCUCAAGGGAGACUUUGACAAGAAAAUCUUGAGGUCUCGAAAACCUUUCAGCUCCAUCAUCGUCUGGGAGCCAACCACCAUCGUCAUGACCUCGACCUCGCUGUCGUUCUCGGACGUCGGGGUAGACGAGGUAGAAGACGAGAUCCUCUUGCACGAGGUCAAGAACGUCUUCAUACAAGGCCAAGUCGGAGGUGCCCACGAGGCGAUGCAUCCGGACGACGAACGGACCUUGGUGAUCCGAACGGACCCGCACGGGAACAACUGUGGGAGAACGUACAUAUUCAGGUGCAAAACUCCGGAAGAAUGCAACCAGUGGAGGACGGCAGUGAAGGCGGCGUACAAAGCCGCACAAGCGAGGGAGGAGAGAGAGAAAAUUUUGAGCAACAUGACGGCCGGGCAAAAGGCGCUCUGGUAUGCCAGAACGCGAGUGAGAUGUUUCUACGACUCCUUCAAGGGGCAGAUCAUUGUUGCCAUCCUCAUCUUCACAAGUUUUGCCUCGGACAUCACGGAGGCUCAGAUUCUCCCCGACUCAGGAUCAUUCCAAGACCAGGUCUUCAGGAAGCUCGAGAUGUUCUACACGAUGUCCGUCCUUGCUCUCGGGCUGAGCAUUGGUGUGCCGCAAGUCAAGAUGUUCCGACUUGUCAAGAUCUUUCGGGUAAUCCGCCUCAUCAGGUCUGAUGGUGCCGGUGGGACCUGCGGGGCUGACCUGCUGCAGGACAUUCCGAUCGGCGAACAGAAUCAUUUCUGUAGGAGGAGGAGGAGGAGACGGGGAGUGGCGGGGGAAGCGAAGAUGGAGAUAGGAGGAAGAGGAGAGGAGGCUGCAGGGCUGGAUGGAUCAUGCAGGGAGCGGAAUUGGAUUAGGACCGGACGGAGAAGGGGAAGGAGAGGAGGGGACCUGAUAAGAGUGCAGGCACUAGGAGCUGCUGUCAUCCCUGUCAGCAAUGCAUUUCUUAUCCUCCUCCUCGUCUCCUGCAUCUAUGCUACGCUCGCAACUCAUCUCUUCCGCGACCGUUCAGAUCUCUUCUUUGGAAAUUUCUCCAAGUCAAUUUUCUCCGUCAAGCCUUGCGACCUCUUGGGUCCGGCUGCUGACCGGGGGGAUUUUUCUCACCUCAACAGCUGGGCUUCUGCUAUCACGCGGUCCCUCUGGGUAGACCAACCCGACACGACGAUGGUCCUAAUGAAUGUAGUUCUCACUGGUAGGACAAUCGCCUGCUUCCUUUCCAACUCUCUGACUUCACUCUCCUCAGUCCUGCUGGAUGAAUUCUUGUCCUCUGUGACACGUGAGAAGCAAGAGGAGCAGAUGCGUAAGGAGAUGGAAGCAGAAGCUUGCAGGAUUAGCGGAGUUCUGGAUCCUCUGACAGUCAGCAUGACCAUGUUUAAUGAUUCCCUUGACCUCAACAGCAGCAGCAGCAGCAGCAGCAGGACUGGAAGUGUCGAGAAGGGAGCCGCAGCUUGGGAGGGGAAGGAUAGCCGGUUGCUGCCGACGGACCAUCCGAUCUACCUGAUCAAAGACGACUUCGACCUGAUGACCAUGGGCGGGCAGCUGCUGAACGAGCAGGGAGAGUUUGACGACAAGCAGUUCGAGGAAAUGAUGAUCAAGGAGCUGUUGCGAUACUCCCAGCGGCAGCUCACGUUCUGCAUGACCGAGACUGGCGACGCGGACAACAAGGCGAUCAUCUUGAUGCUCAAACUGCUGGAAGUCUGCAUGGCUGGUAUGGAGGACAGGACCAAGGCGAUGGACGAGAGGAUGGAGAGGAUGGAGGUGCUGCUGAAGAGGAAUCACAGCGCAGGCAGCGCGAUCUUCUCCUCCUCCUCCUUCCCCCCCCCUCCUCCUCCCUCCGACAUCUCCUUCGUCGUCGACAAAGUGGAGAAGAGCAUCGCAAGCAUCGAGGGGACGCUCGCUGCCUUCAUGUCCAUGACGCCGCAGCAAUUCUUCAACGCUCCCUUCACACCCCUUCCUCCUCCUCCUGCCCCGCCGGCCGCUCCUGCUCCUGCUCCUGCUCCUGCCUCCUCCGCUAGAGCAGAGGGAAAGGAUGAGGCUAUCCUGCUGCAGCUGCAGGAGCUCCAGCACAUGAUCCUAAACCUCUCUCGCUACCAGAAUGGCUCCAACGGUAUCAAGUCAGCUGAGAAUUACUUGAGCGAGCAGAAAGCUGCUGGGCUGCAGCUCAACAGUAUCCCGAGAUCGUCUCCCUCCCCGCUCGUCAGCCACCACAAGCCGUUCGAGCUUCACCGCAGCGUCUCCGACCAGUACAAGAGCAGCCAGCAGCGCCUCGACGCAUCCUCCCUGACCUCCUUAGACGCCGCAAAGAGGAGGGAGGGAUCGGAGGAGGAGAGCGUCCCGGCUGCGAGGAGGAGGAGGAGAGCACCGUCUGAGCUCCCGAGUCAUCUUGUCUUCCAUGAGCAAUCCGAUAUUAGGUGA